CGGGAGGGGCGGGGCCUGUGGGGAGUUGAGGAAUUAAAUAAAACUGGGCGGGUCUUAGAUAAACAGAUUAAGAGGCCAGGACUGGUGGACGAGACCUUAAGGGGCGUGGUCUUUUGGCGGCGAGUAAAUGGCCGGGGACAUUGUGGGGCGGAGCCUGAUAUGGAAACGGUAGCAUGGGGCAUCGUACUCUAGCCUCCAUCCCGGCCCUGUGGGCCUCCAUCCCCUGUCCACGCUCUGAGCUGCGCCUGGACCUGGUUCUGGCUCCUGGGCAGUCCUUCCGGUGGAGGGAGCAAAGCCCUGCGCACUGGAGUGGCGUGCUGGCGGACCAGGUAUGGACGCUGACCCAGACUGAGGAGCAGCUCUACUGCACUGUGUACCGAGGGGACAAGAGCCAGGUUGGCAAGCCCACACUAGAGGAGCUAAAGGCCGUGCGCCAGUACUUCCAGCUGGAUGUCAGCCUGGCUCAACUGUAUCGCCACUGGAGUUCUGUGGACCCACACUUCCAAGAGGUGGCUCAGAAAUUCCAAGGUGUGCGACUCCUGCAGCAGGACCCCAUCGAGUGCCUUUUCUCCUUCAUCUGUUCCUCUAACAACAACAUUGCCCGCAUCGCUGGCAUGGUGGAGCGGCUCUGCCAGGCCUUUGGACCUCGGCUCAUCCAGCUCGAUGAUGUCGCCUACCAUGGCUUCCCCAGCCUGCAGGCGCUGGCUGGGCCAGAGGUGGAGGCUCAGCUCAGGAAGCUGGGCCUGGGGUACCGUGCCCGCUACGUGAAUGCCAGUGCCCGAGCCAUCCUGGAAGAACAGGGCGGGCUGCCCUGGCUGCAGCAGCUGCGCAAGGCCCCCUAUGAGGAGGCCCACAAGGCCCUCUGCAACCUGCCCGGGGUGGGCACCAAGGUGGCUGACUGUAUCUGCUUGAUGGCCCUAGACAAGCCCCAGGCUGUGCCAGUGGACGUACAUGUGUGGCAGAUUGCCCAGCGUGACUACAGCUGGCAUCCCACCACGACCCAGGCCAAGGGUCCGAGCCCCCAGGCCAACAAGGAACUAGCCUCCAGCAUAACGUCUAACCAAGAGAAGGCAGAGUUGGCCAAAUGAAUGAGUGUGCCCUGCCCUGCUGGGGCUCUGUGAGCUGAAGACACAGUACCUGCCUGUGAAGAAGCAAGGAGACUUCGCUGGGUUGCUUCUCUAUCUUCCUAACAAAAGGGCAGCCACGACCAUGAUCUCCCUCCAGAUGUCACCUACACUCUUGUUGUGACCCAUGCAGGGCAAGAUGGAUGGGAGUCAAUAUAAAAUGAAUGAUACUGUGACCAAUUACUUAAAGAACUGGUCCUAAAACACUGGGCAAUUUCUGGUAAAGGGUCAAUAAUAAUCACAGAUGUCCCACAAAAUGUUAACAGCUGGUAAAUCUAGAUGAAGAAUAUACUGGUGUUUACUGUACUGCUUCAGAUUUUCUGUGUGUAUGAAAUUUUUCAUAAUAAAACUUUGGGGUGAAAAGAAAAUAAGCAUGAGAAGAUUAAAAAAAUAAAUCACACAGGGGCCAGCCCUGUGGCGUAGUGGUUAAGUGCACACACUCCGCUGCUGGUGGCCUGGGUUCGGAUCCCGGGCGCGCACUGACGCACCGCUUCUCAGGCCAUGCUGUGGCAGCGUCCCAUAUAAAGUGGAGGAAGAUGGGCA